UUUCCCUCUCUACCUGACAGUCGAUACAGUGUCAAACAGAAGACAUUCUGAUGUGAAUGUUAAGAAUAGCGCCUCGCAAAAUACAAACAAAUAUCUGCGGUUGUCCAUUUCCAGAUUGACUGACUACAUUAUGGAUCAAUUUUGGUCUGCACCUCCUGUUAUAAGGACUCUCUCUGCACUUACAUUUGCACAGUCUGCUUUAAUAUAUGGUGGAUUAUUGAAUGGCUAUUAUUGCCUGUUCGAGUCCCGCCUUGUAUUCAAAUUUCUCCCAGAGAUUUGGAGACUCUUCACCUCAUUCAUGAUCACGCGACCACGCCUUUCCCUAUUCCUGGAUGUUUACUUCAUGUACACUUACGGUAGCUCCCUGGAAACUAGAUCACCUAGGCUGUCUGGUCCAGGUGACUUCUUCGUGUAUACGAUCUUUGUAGCCUUGGUCAUAAUGCUCACUGCAGGCUGUUUGUUGGGAAGCGUAACGUUUACCUCUGCUCUGAUCAUGGCCUUCGUCUACACCUUUUCCCAGGAAAAUCGUGGUAGAAAGGCGACAUUCUUUGUGGUCCAGAUACCGGUGGAAUUUCUGCCUUGGGCGAUGCUUGCAUUCACCUUCGUCACUAUUGGAUGGCCAGCCGUUCUAAGCGAUGGCACGGGCAUAGUCGCUGCGCAUCUGUAUGAUUUCCUUACCCGCAUCUAUCCGGCAUUUGGAGGUGGACAAAACUACCUUGUCACGCCGGCAUUCAUCAGGAGAUUCUUUUCCAAUCUCACGCCCCGUGGCGAUAACCGUACCUACGGUACUGCCUUUCGGCCAGCGGAGCAGACCCAAUCCGCCGCUUCUGAAAGCUGGACUUCUGCGUUCCAGGGGCCAUGGAAUCGAAGAGGUCCGGGCAGACGACUUGGAAGUGACUGAGACGAGGUCGUAACUACAUUGGAGGGUACAGGAGCAGAAAAGGGAAUAUGCAGCAACGGUAUGCUAGCAGCAGGAGUUAAGAGUCCCUGAAAUACCAGGAGCCGUUCACAAAGGGUUCGCAGUUACUGCGGCUGGGAUUGAUUCCUGAAGAGAAAGAAAGGCGCUCGUCAAGCAGGUUUGGGGCGGCCAAGCGACAAAUGAUCGCUAGCAUGCUACUUAUUCUUUAGCUGCGAGGAUUAGCAGUAGGGAGCGUACUGUAUAGUAAUAGAUAAUCUUGUCUUGGAACUCCAUCAAAGACAAUAUUAAUAUUCAUUAUC